UACGUGGUUCCAUUUUCACAAAAAAAGAAAAAAAAAGAAACUGUGGUUCCACUUCCAUCUACAGUAUCGAUUCUGAAUUCAGGCCCUAUCUCGGUCGGUAAAAAGAGGGAACCACCGGCGUGGCUGCGUCAGUCAACUCCCGGAUUGCAAAGUCCAUACCAACCUGAAUUAUUAGAAAUUACGCGUCCCGUUUGAUUUUCGGCCUUUGAACCGAGGCUACGUCAUCUACUUGGAAUAAUUCUUAAUUUCGUAUCGCUUUCGCGUUUUUCGUGCCCUCGCAGUUUACUGGAAACCCAAACUUCUGAUCGCCGGGAAGAUCAAUCGACAUCGCUUUGAGAUGGUGAAGGAGACCGAAUACUAUGACGUGCUUGGUGUCAGUCCAACUGCAUCCGAAGCUGAGAUUAAGAAAGCUUAUUACAUGAAGGCACGGCAAGUGCAUCCGGAUAAAAACCCAAAUGACCCUCUCGCUGCACAAAAUUUUCAGGUUUUAGGUGAGGCUUACCAAGUUCUGAGUGAUCCAACUCAAAGGCAAGCUUAUGAUGCACAUGGGAAAUCAGGAAUCUCAACUGAAGCCAUUAUUGAUCCUGCAGCAAUCUUUGCCAUGCUUUUUGGUAGUGAGCUUUUUGAGGAAUAUAUUGGCCAGUUGGCCAUGGCAUCAAUGGCUUCAAUGGACAUUUUUACUGAAGGGGAACAAUUUGAUACUAAAAAGUUACAAGAGAAAAUGCGGGUUGUUCAGAAAGAGAGAGAAGAAAGGCUUGCAGAAAUACUAAAAGGCAGACUCAACCAGUAUGUCCAGGGAAACAAAGAAGACUUUGUUAAUCACGCAGAAGCUGAACUAGCCCGACUAUCCAAUGCAGCUUAUGGGGUUGAUAUGUUGAAUACCAUUGGCUACAUUUACGCAAGGCAGGCAGCGAAAGAGCUAGGGAAAAAAGCAAUUUUUUUGGGUGUGCCUUUUGUUGCUGAGUGGUUUAGAAACAAAGGACACUUCAUCAAAUCCCAAGUUACAGCGGCAACAGGGGCAAUUGCUUUGAUCCAAUUGCAGGAGGAUAUGAAAAAACAACUCAAUUCAGAAGGGAACUACACUGAAGAAGAGCUUGAAGAAUACAUGCAAUCCCACAAGAAAUUAAUGAUUGAUUCUCUGUGGAAGCUUAACGUGGCUGACAUUGAGGCCACUCUUUCUCGUGUGUGUCAAAUGGUUCUCCAAGACAGCAAUGUCAAGAAAGAAGAACUACGGGGACGAGCAAAAGGGUUGAAAACUCUUGGUAAAAUCUUCCAGAGGGUUAAGGCAGCUAAUGGGAACGAGAGCGAAGAUUUACCAAACAAAGAAGUACAUAAAUUGAAUGGAAGUGAAUCUAGCAAUGGCGUUUCUUCUCCUAGUACAUCACCCAGAUCGUCAGGUCCUGAUGUUUCAACUCUUGCAUCGCAGAGCCCCUAUGUGGAGGCCCCACACUUUGCAGGCAUGCAAUUCGACUACAACUUCCCUAGGCCAACCGCCCCCCCAGGUGCCCACAGACCUGCUCCAACCAGCAAGGAUUGAUAAUGGUGUUUGAUGCCCCCGUGUAUUCUUUUACUAUGUAUUAAUCUCGUGGUGGUUUGUCGAAUAUGUUUUUAUGAAUAUGUUCUGAGGUUCACAUCUGGUCCGUCGCGUUGUGCAGUGUGAUUACUAUGCAUGUUUGAUAUUUCUUUACAUAGAUGAGGGGUGAUAGUUUGGACUUUGGAGUAGCGUUUUCGUUGCUAGAUGGUGUUGAUUGGCUGCCUUGUCACUCAAGUUAUGUAUUUUAUUAGGGUGUUUGAUGAAUGCAGGUUCAUUUAUUCCUUUUUCGUGUUCUGGUUUUUCAAGGGAUAGUUAUAUUUGAAUUUUAGUAGAAAUUUGUGUUUACUUUAA